GGUUUCUCAACAAUUCAACACACUUGCUGAUCCGUCCCUUGAAUGACUGGCUAACAGCUAUUAACCCGAUUUUACUCAUCGUGCUGCGUUCAGCAGCUACACGUGAGGGCGUUCCAUUCCCUGCCGCAACGUAAACGGAACGGCAUACCAGAGGGCAAGAGUCAGGUUAUCCACAAAUAGGACUCCACAUGAAAAUAUCAAGAUGAACGACACUGAAGGGUUUAUCUCUACCACACCGUUUGACUACAGCGACUACGACACCGGACCACCAGUGACGGCCUGUGUAAAAACAAAUGUCCUUGAUUUCUCAAGAGAGUUCCUGCCGCCGUUCUACUACAUCAUCUUCACCCUGAGCCUUCUGGGUAAUGGCCUGGUGCUGUUUGUGGUCGUCAAGUUUGAGCGGGUCCGCACUGUCACCAACAUCUUCCUGGUAAACCUGGUGGGUUCCAACCUUGUAUUCACCUGCGUGCUUCCCUUCUGGGCUGCCUACCACAGCGACGAGUGGACUUUUGGUACCCCCCUCUGCAAGCUGGUGGGCACGGCAACCUACGUGGGCUUCCACAGCUCUGUUCUCUUCUUGACUCUGGUGACCAUCGACCGUUAUCUGGCUGUGGUCCACGCCGUGGCCGUCAGUCAACACCGCAAGAGCUGCUACGCUGUGGUGGCUUCAGGUGUGGUGUGGCUCACCUGUGGACUUGCAGGCGUGCGCCCACUGCUUCAUUACAAGGUGAGCAAACACUGGGAGAAUAACUUGCAGUGCAAGGAUGAACUGCAUUUCUCCUGGAAGCCAUUUGACAUAUACGUGCACUUUGUGGCCUUCUUCUUGAUCCCUUUACUGAUAGUGGGAUACUGCUACGUGCGGAUCAUCAUAACGGUGGCCUCCACAAAGAUCAGUGGCAAACAUCGCACCCUGCGCAUCGUUUUUGUCAUACUUCUCCUCUUCUUCGCGUGCUGGACGCCACGUAGCAUCAUGCAGUUGGUGGCGCAACAUACACGAUAUGACUGUAAUGAUGCCGUGGACUAUGCUAACUACAUCACCAACAACAUCGCCUGCCUCUACUUCAGCAUCAACCCCGUCUUGUACACUUUCCUCGGACGCAAGUUCCAGAACUAUGUCCGCGAGCUCAUAGGCGCCUAUGUUCCGUGCUUGAAGAGCCACCUGUCUGUGGCGGUCACGAGUAAGUCACAGUCUCAUCGCAGUCAUCACAGCUCAGAUAAUCAAGGAGACACUGCUGCAACAGCUUUGACCACUACCUCUGUAAAUGUGUAAACAUGGAGGUCCUGCACUUAGUUACUGCGUGGAAAUUAGUGGUGUGCAUUGGCACUGCCCUCACGAUUCGAUUCGAUUCCGAUUCGAUCCGAUUCAAUUCUACAAUGCAUUGCAAUGCAUUACAUUUCUACUGAAAGUAAAGCAAAUGUUUCAUCAGUCAUGAUGAGGCAAUACAAGUAGUCAGAUACUGAGCUCCCGAAAUAUCAACGGAAGUAAUUGAAACUUAAAAAAAAUGCUGCAUCAAUUCUGGAACUUGCUGCAUUGAAUUGGAUCGCCCAUGCCCCGCAUUGCAUUGCAUCGCCGAAUCGAUUAUUGUUGACACCACUAGUGGGAACCUCUAAAAUUCCUCUGAGGAAUCUUAAGCAACAAAACCUGUGCCUUCUCCAAAAACAAAUGUUCCUGUGAGAACUAGAGGCUCUCCUCUGCCAAUGUCUAGGGAAUUUGGGAGUCUGAGGAUCGGAAGGGUCAUAGCCCAGAAUCUGUCCAAGCAAUGUGAACCUAAGUGUUCAAUUACCUAUUUUUGUGAUAACAAAAAAGACAGACAAGUUAUACAAGUUUUAGAAGCAAAGCAGGAAAAACGAAUGCUGGCUUCUACGGAAAACAGUCGGGUGUAUAUAAGUUACUGUAUGUCUGUGGUACAGGAUGCUAUAGCCUACUUCUGCUUCAAAUUCGUUGAAUCGAAGGUUUCUGACACCAUGUGAAAAUGGCUAAAUUGUAAGCAACUGGACAGCUCCGUGAGAAUACGAAUAUUUUGAAAAAGUCAAAGUCCUUAUGACUAAACUCUUUCGAUAGGUUUGAACUGAAAAGAAGGAAGUUGAUGGGUUGGGUAGUACAUGCUUCACUGCAUGUUCAUCUACAGUGUGUAUGUAAAGUGUACAUAAGCAAGGCAUCCUACUCAACAUUACUCCAGAGAUUGUAUUGUGUUUCUAAAUUACUGUAAAUUGCUGUGAUCAACCGUCGCUUAAAGGAUUAUUCCAGUAUUUAGUACUUUUAGCCUGCUCCUGAGUUGCCAGCAAUACAAUAGAUUAGAAUGAUUCUUACUGAAAUGUUGACGUUUGCUGCUGUCUGUAUUUUUGGUAAGAAAUUUUUUUUUGCAUUUAAAUUUGCAACACUCUUGCAUUUAAAACUAAUUUGUUGAAAUCGAUGUAAAUGUAAAUGUACUGUGUAUGUUGGUAAAUGAUGUGUACAUGCUGUCUCUGUCCUCACAAUGGUGAAGUUGGUUAAAGGUUGUGUGUUGUACAGGUCUGAUUUGGUCGGCCAGUCUGAUCAGUGGUUCACUCUGUACUGCCAGAGCAAAGAUGAAUGUGGUAAGGAAGAACUCAAUCCUAUAC